UCUUUCCUAUCCACCACAGAGUUCUCAGAGAGAAAAAGAAUAAAAAUAAGGGAACCAAAAGCAUUAAAAAAAUAUGCCCAGGUCGCCAGGAUGGAGCCAAAAGAAUAAUAGUAAACGAUGGGGGGGGGCUCUACCCCUUUGCGUGGCGCCAGGCAUUGGGAGGUAAUGAUGGAUGGUCGGAGCAACCGACCCGCAAGUCUAUACCGGAAUGCGAUUCUCGCCCUUUUUUGGUUGUGGAAAGGGGGAGAAAUAGCUAAAAGAAAACAUUUCGCGUCGAGGCUCAUGAUCGCGGUCUGUCGGCGGAGCCCCGUUGCGUUGGCAAAGCGGUGCCUUCUCAAAAGAGGGGAACCAGGUUGGAGUAGUUGUCGGUCCACCGAAGAAGGGUAUCGAAGUGUGAAAGAUUUGAAAAAAGGGAAAAUGGCGCAGUUGAGAUGUGAUGUUCAAAUGACGAGGGAGAUUGGCGUCUUUGUUUCAUCAGUUCCAGCCCAGAGAAUUCUCAGCUGCAACUGGAGGCGAGAUGUAUGCCGUUCGGGCAGAGUUGCCCAUGCCACUGCGGCCGCUACCAUGGCUGUUACGGCCAUACUGGGGCCGGGCGUGAUCACCCGCAGCAGCACCGUAGGAUGAAAAGUCUCGGCUAAGGAGAGCGCCACCCAUCAGAGCAGGGCUGCCAUUACCGGCAUAUCGCAUCUCAGACGAGGCUUGGCUGCUGCCAAUCGAGCUAGCGCGGCGGUGGCCCUGUUGCUUCUUGCGCUUGUAUCGACGGGCCACGAGGAACAUGGCGGCACCGUACACACCAGCCAAGC